UAGCACGGCAUUAGUAACCGUUUGGUGCUUCAACUGGAAACAACGGUUGGUUUGGUGGAUCUCGAAAAACUCGAAAUCUGAAAUCGGAAGUGAUUAGAACUGUUUUUGGACUUCGACAAGUGUUACUAAAUCGAAAUCAGUGAAAUAAGUAUGGCCCCAAUUGUGUUGUACCAUUUCCCCAUGUCGCCUCCGUCGCGGUCGGCUUUGCUGGUGGCGCGUAAUCUCGGAUUGGAUGUAGAGGUCAAAAUUCUUAAUCUGAUGGCAGGCGAGCACAUGCAGGAGGAAUUCCUGAAGAUAAAUCCCCAGCACACCGUUCCGACAAUCGUCGACGACGACUACGUCCUGUGGGAAUCGAAAGCAAUUGCCACUUACCUGGUGGAGCAACACCAUCCGGACAGUACCCUGUAUCCGGCGGAUCCGAAGCAGCGCGGCAUCAUCAACCAACGGUUGUACUUUGAUUCAACUGUCCUGUUCGGCCGGGCGUAUGCUGCUUUCGCUCCGCUGAUGCGCCAGGGUGCCACCACGAUCCCCCAGGAGAAGAAGGACGCCAUCAUGGAAGCCCUCGGGACGUUGAAUGGAUACCUCGACGGACAGGAUUGGGUUGCGGGUGAAAACACCACCGUAGCCGAUUUGUGUUUGUUGGCCACCGUUUCGUCUCUGGAGAAAUUUGGUGUUGACUUAAGUGGUUUGCCGAACGUCACAGCCUGGUUGGAGCGUUGUAAAUCCCUUCCGGGAUUCGAAGAGAAUGAAGAAGGCGCAAGCAUUUUCGGAAACGGUUUGAAAUCCAAGUUGGAGGAACCUUUCUAAUUAUUUUUUUUUUUCAGUUCUAUAAUUCUCACUAUAGCAAAGCUAACCAAUAAACGCUUAUAUUUUUUCAAAGUUUUAUUUAUUGUAAUGUCAACAUGUUAAAAAAAUACAAACAAGAAAAGUGCUUGUUAAUUGUGUUGUGCGUAGACGAGAUAAUCGAAUCUCCCGCAAAUAAGUAGAUGCAAUAAAGGAAUUGAACUCAAUGCACAGUGCACUGUGAA